UGUUUCCCAAUGCUUCUUUCAGUUACAAAUGUCAUUCUUGUCUACUAUCUAUUUUCCUCUAUUUAUUUAUGCUACAGCGAGGGAGCACUAAAUCUACUUGAAAAUGUGUCUAUACCAGCAGUCAUUACAUUCGGAGACUCCUACUUGGAUCAGGGUAAUAAUAAUUAUAUCAACACUAUCGUUAAGGCCAAUUUUCAUCCCUACGGAAAGGAUUUCGUUGAUGGAAAACCAACAGGAAGGUUCACCGAUGGAAAAUCACUAGCUGACUUCUUCGUCAAUGCACUAGGAGUGAAAGAGUAUCUUCCAGCAUAUUUGGACCCUCUCAUACAAGACCAAGAUCUUAAAACUGGUGUAAGUUUUGCUUCCGGUGGCAGUGGAUAUGAUCCCAUAACCCCUACAAUUACGUCUGUUAUACCACUAUCGAGUCAACUAGAGAUGUUCAAACAAUACAUUGGGAAGCUCAAUAAGAUCGUUGGAGAAGAUGCUACCGAAAAUAUACUUACCAAAAGUGUAUACCUGAUUUCAGCAAGCACCAAUGAUUUUUUUAUUAGUUACUCUACUGUUCCUGUUAGAAGAGUCCAAUAUGAUGUUCCUACUUAUAAUAAAAUGUUGGUACAAUUAGCCGUAAACUUUGUAAAGGAAAUACACAAAUUGGGAGCAAGAAAGAUAGCUGUCCUUAGCGGGCCCCCAGUUGGCUGUUUACCGGUUCAAAGAACGUUAUCUGGUGGAGUACUAAGAAAGUGUGUAGACAACGACAAUAAUGCAGUACAAUUGUUCAAUGACAUGCUAAAACAACAACUUAAAUUUCUUGAAAGCAAUCUUCUUCAGUCCAGGGUUGCUUUUGUUGAUUUCUACAAUCCUUUGAUGAGCAUCAUUGAAAACCCUCACCAAUAUGGGUUGGAGGUUACAGAUAAAGGUUGUUGUGGAACUGGAGCGAUAGAGGUGCUCUUUCUAUGCAACAAACUCAGCCCAACAUGCCAUGAUGACUCUAAAUUUUUGUUCUGGGAUAGUAUCCAUCUUUCAGAGAAAGGAUGUAUUAUCUUUGUAAAUCAAGUUCUACCAGAUUUAGUUAAUAGUUUAUUCUAAGAUAAUUGAAUUGCACUGGUAGCUAAAUUGUUAAUGUUAGAUAAAACGCCUUUGUUCAUGAAUAAAGGAAGGCUUACAACUUUAACAAACAAUGAGUCUAAACAAUGCAGUCUUCAUUUUGUU